GGUAGUCUUGGAAAUCAUCUUUUUAGAAGACAUGCAGAACCACUUUCUUGGAAUAUAAGGAUUAAAAUAGCGAUUGAAGCAGCACAAGGACUUGUUUUUUUACACAAUACUGGAAUAAAAACUGUGUACAAGAAUUUUAAAUGUUCAAAUAUUUUAUUAGAUGAGGAUUUUAAUGCGAAAUUAUCGGAUUUUGGAUGCGUAAACUUGCGUCCAAGGGACGAGCAAUCUUGUGAGUCGACCGGCAUUUUCAUGGACUAUGAUUUUGGGCUAGCAAACUUGGGUCCUGCAAAUGGUUAUGCCACAACCGUUGACACUUAUUAUUAUGCGUCUCCAGAAUACAUAAAUACCGAUCAUUUAUAUGUGAAGAACAACGUCUAUCAUUUUGGAGUGGUGUUAUUAGAAAUGAUAACCGGAUUACGAGCUGUUGACACUAAUCGACCGAGCUCGCAACACAACUUGGUGGAAUGGGCUCGACCUGCAUUAUCCGACAAACGGAGAUUACAAAAAAUCAUAGACCCACGACUGGAAAACGAUUACCCAUCAAAAGAAGCUAGUAAAGCAUCAACACUCAUCCUAUGUUGUCUCAAAUCAGACCCGAAGAAUCGACCUUCGAUGGAAGAAGUUUUGGCUGGUUUGAAACAAAUAAGCACCAUCCGAACAAAAUCAUAGGAGUCAAACGUCGUUUUGACCCCCAAAUAAGUGUGUUUUUCUUUUUCAUGCAUAUUUAUUUUUC